AAGUUUCCAAAUCCUAUGAGAAAGAGUUCCAUUCCUUUUUCAGUUGUUAAGUGUUUGCCGGUGGCAGAGCCCCAGAACGGGAGACUCAUCGACAGUGCAUUGGAACCAAACCAGGAAUAUACCUUCGGGCAAGUGGUCAAGAUUGUGUGUAAUCCAGGCUUCAAGCUGGAUGGGCCCCCAGAAAUACAUUGCUCGGCAAACGGCCGUUGGAGUCAAGAAAGGCCAAAUUGUGUGGGCAUUUCCUGCAAAGUACCAGAAAUUCCAAAUGGAGAGCCUACAUCUCCUAAGAAUUCUUAUAAAGAAAAUGAGAGAUUUCAGUACAGAUGCUUCCCGGGUUACAGUUACAGUGAAAGAGCAGAGGCUGUCUGCACCCAGUUUGGAUGGACUCCGGCCCCUUCGUGCAAAGAAGUAACAUGUGAGCCUCCAAGGAUUGCAAACAGUCACUUCACUCCUGACAGGACCAAAUACAGAGUGGGACACAUAAUCAGAUACAACUGUAAAAGUGGGUAUUACCCUUCCACCCGAGGAAACACGGCGAAAUGCACUGAUAUCGGCUGGGAGCCUCCUCCAAGAUGUAGCUUUCAGCCCUGUGACUUUCCAGAUAUACCACAUGGAUACCUACAUCAUGAAGCAAGAUAUAAACCAUAUUUUCCAGUAUCAGUAGGAAAAUGGUAUUACUAUUCCUGUCAUAACAACUAUGUGACUCCUUCAGAGAGUAGUUGGGAGUACCUUACAUGCACACGAGAUGGAUGGUCGCCAAAAGUGCCCUGCCUUAGAAAAUGUGUUUUCAAUCAUUUGGAAAAUGGACACUCUCCACGGUAUGAACGAAAAUAUUUACAGGGUCAGUCCCUAAAAGUUAACUGCUAUCAGGGCUACAGUCUUGAAAAUCAGCAGACCAUAAUGACCUGUACAGAGGAUGGAUGGGUCCCUCCUCCCAAAUGCAUCCGUGUCGACAUAUGUUUAAAAUCAGAGGCAAAUAUUGAGAAUGGAUUUAUUUCUGAGUCUGAAUCUACAUACACCUUACACAAGGAAAUAAAAUACAACUGCAGACAAGGUUAUAUAACAGAGGAUGGUCAGACAUCGGGAUAUAUUACGUGUCUGCAAAGUGGAUGGUCAGCUCAACCCAAAUGCGUCAAAUCUUGUGAUAUGCCAGUAUUUGAGAAUGCCAGAGCCAAGAGUGAUGGCACGUGGUUUAAGGUCAAAGACAGGUUGGCCUAUGAAUGCCAGGAUGGAUAUAAAAAUGGAGACGGACACACCACAGGGGUCAUAGUGUGUGGUGAACAUGGUUGGUCUGAUACGCCCACCUGUCAUGAGAAAGAAUGCAUCGUUCCCGAUAUAGAACCAAACUUACUUGCUCAGCCCCAGAAAGACAAAUAUGUCGUUGGAGACGUACUGAAAUUUUCCUGCAGACGGAGACUUAAACUUCUUGGACCAGAUUCAGUUCAGUGCUACCACUUUGGGUGGUCCCCUAACCUCCCAACAUGUAAAGCUGUGGUACAGCCGUGCGGUCCACCUCCCCCCCUCCCCGAUGGGGAAACCGCAGAGACACCGAAGGGACACUAUGAGCACGGUGAGGUGGUGGAGUAUGUCUGCAACCCGAGGUUCCUGAUGAAGGGCUCUAGGAAGGUCCAGUGUGUGGACGGAGAAUGGACACCCCCGCCCGUGUGUAUUGAGGAGAACAGUACAUGUGGAGAUAUACCUGCUCUUGAUCACGGCAACGUGUCCCAUGCGACUCCUCCCUAUCACCAUGGGAUGUCAGUAGAGUUCAGUUGUGGAGAAGCAUUUACGAUGAUCGGUCACAGAUCCAUUACGUGUAUCAGGGGAAACUGGACCCAGCCACCUCAGUGCAUUGCAACAGGUGAACUUGCGAAGUGUAAAUUACCAACGCUGACCACAUCUGAGAGAAUCCAGUUGGAAUGGGUUGACUCUGAGCAUAAUCGGCAAAUGAACUACUCAUGUGGAGGGAAGUCAGGGCAGAAACACUCAACCUGCGUAAAUGGGACAUGGGAGCCUGAAGUGUCCUGCAAAGAAGCGCCAAGGUGCCCACCCCCACCUCAGAUUCCCAAAUCUCAAACUAUGACAACGACAGUGAAUUAUCCAGAAGGAGAAAAAAUAUCUAUCCUGUGUCAAGAAAACUUUCUAAUUCAGGAAGGAGAGGAAAUCGUGUGCAGGAACGGGACCUGGGAGUCGAUCCCGCGCUGCGUGGAAAAGGCUCCCUGCCCCGAGCCGCCGCAUGUGGAGCAUGGACACGUCGAGUCCCCUGGCGCCGCGGAGGACGGAGAAGAGACCCCGGGACCCCAGCUCUACGCACAUGGCACCAAGUUAAAUUAUACUUGUAAUGACGGCUUCAGAUUGUCUAAAGAAGAUGGGAUAACAUGCCACCUGGGGAAAUGGGGGACUUCACCUCAGUGUGUAGGACUUCCUUGUGGACCACCACCUAAGAUUCCCAAUGCUAAUAUGUAUAAUGUGUUAAACAGUUAUCAAUAUGGGCAAAAAUAUACGUAUAGCUGUCUCAACGGAUUUGGAAUUCAAGGACCUGCAUCUGUAGAAUGUGAAGGAAGAAAAUGGUCCCCUGAACCAGAAUGCACAAAAGCAACUUGUUCUCAGCCACCCAGCUUUGAUAAUGCCAUCUUUGUGGGCCCGAGGAAGACAUUAUAUAGGUCAGGAGACAGAGUGACUUAUAGAUGUCAAGAAUAUUACCAAAUGGAUGGACUCAAUUAUGUAACAUGUAAGAACAACAGGUGGAUAGGAUCUCUAACAUGCAAAGAUACUUCCUGCGGCAGCCCCCCCGCCGUGGAAAACGCCUUUGUGCAAAACAACAUGCCCCGGUAUUCGUCUGGCGACACAGUACGUUACGCGUGCAAGAACUCUUUGGAUCUCUUCGGCAACCCAGAAGUGUCAUGUUUAAAUGGGACCUGGACAGACCCACCUCAGUGCAAAGAGUCCAGGUGGAAAUGUGGGCCCCCUCCUACUAUUGACAAUGGAGACAUUACCACGUACCCAUUGGCACGCUAUGCUCCGGGGUCUUCAGUGGAGUAUCAGUGUCAGUCCUACUACGAACUUCAGGGAAACAGGAAAAUAGAGUGUCGCGAUGGAAAGUGGAGUGAGCCACCGAAAUGCUUAGACGCUUGUGUAAUAUCAGAAGAAACCAUGGAAAAACAUCACAUAAGGCUUAAAUGGAUAUAUGCAAAAAAAAUUUAUUCAAGAACAGAUGACUAUAUUGAGUUUACAUGUGAAUAUGGAUACAGAAAGGUGUCACCAGACUCUGCAUUCCGAGCACUCUGUCUAGAAGGGAAAGUGGCAUAUCCCACUUGUGCAUGAAAUGACAGUUACGUGGCAGUCUUAAAAUCAAAGUAGGCACAUUCAUUCAGAAUUUUUUUAUUAUUAAGCCAAAUUCUUCACAAUUUAGUUUUUCAAGUAGGUUUAACUCAUUUUUAUUCAUAACUCAAAAUUUGUGUUAAGUAUUAUGUGGACGAUGUCAUUAGAAUCCAGGAGACCAAUGAAUCACUUCCUAAAAGCAUCUCAUUAAAAUGGGAGAAACCCAAA